AUGAGUAAGAAACCAUAUGAUGGAGCAGAGCUCCCAACCCACCCUACACUUCCUCUGUGGGUGCUUACGCCCAAGGAGGAACAGGUUGUGUUUGAGAGAUGGAGAAAAAAGGCGUUCCAGAAGUGUGACGCUUUGAUCAGAGCAUACAUCGAGUGUUCAAACCUGUACGACAAUCCAGUCGAGGGAAUCAAAAUGUGCAAGGAAGCCAACGAUCGGUCUCUUGGAUGUGUGGCUGAGUAUCAGAAGUUGAAGUAUCUAGAUGAUGAGAGAGAUAUCUUGAUUGCCGAUAAGAAGUUGAAGCGACAGAUUUACUUGGAUCGUUUAAAGGCUCAGAUGGAGAAGAAGAGCGAGGAGAAGAGCUAA